UCUCUCACAUUGUCUUCUCUUUUAUUUUAUCAUUUUAUUCUCUUGUUUCUCUCAAUUUCAGUGAUUCCAUUACGUGGAAGUUCAAUUGACAUUCAUCCAAAUGCUCGAUGGCAACAGAAUGGUAUCACUGUUGCUGGAGGAAAUGGAAAAGGAAAUGGAAUCAAUCAACUCUCAUACCCAUGGGGUUUGUAUGUUGAUGAAGAUCAAACAAUAUAUGUCGCUGAUCAAUACAAUCACCGUAUUAUGGAAUGGAAAUUGGGUGCGACGAGUGGCCAAGUGGUUGCCGGUGGAAAUGGACAAGGAAGUGGGGCUCAUCAAUUGAAUAACCCACAAGAUGUGAUUGUCGACAAAGAGAGAGAUUGUCUAAUCAUCUCCGAUACUUCGAAUGAAAGAGUGGUUCGAUGGCCUCGUCGAAAUGGGACAAGUGGAGAAACAAUCAUCUCCAACAUCGUUUGUGUGGGUUUGACAAUAGACGAGAAUGGAUCUCUCUAUGUCGUUGACUGGGGAAACCAUGAAGUGAGACGAUAUCGAAGAGGAGAAUCUCAAGGAACAGUGGUUGCAGGUGGCAAUGGAAGUGGAAAUCGUCACGAUCAACUCUCUUUCCCACACUACGUAUUCGUCGAUCGAGAUCAUUCAGUCUACGUGUCUGAAUGGGGAAAUCAUCUUGUGAUGAAAUGGGUGGAAGGUGCAAAACAAGGCAUUGUCGUGGCUGAUGAUCAAGGAAAAGGAAAUGGUCUUACACAAUUGUCAUAUCCUAAAGGAGUCGUUGUCGAUCAAUUGGGCACUGUCUAUGUAGCUGAUGCAGGGAAUAAUCGAAUCAUGCGUUGGCCCAAUGGAGCCAAACAGGGAAGUGUCAUUGUUGGCGGAAACGGUGCAGGAGGACAAUCGAACCAACUCAUAGUGCCCAUCGGUUUAUCAUUCGAUCGACACGGCAAUCUCUAUGUCGUCGAUAACGGAAAUCAUCGAGUACAAAAAUUCAAUAUCGAAUCCAAUAAAUAA